AUGGCUGCAAACAAAGUGGGAAGAAGAUAUAACAACAAAGUUCAUUCACCCAGCAGAGGCUCAUCACGGGAAGCUGGACUAAGUGUUCAAAAGAGACAAGCCCGAGUAACAGUCAAAUAUAACAGAAAAGAGCUGCAGAGGCGGCUGGAUGUGGAGAAGUGGAUAGACGCCGGGCUGGAUGAGCUCUAUUCGGGAAGGGAAGAGCACAUGCCAGAGGAGGUGAAUAUUGAUGAGCUUUUGGACCUUCAGAGCGAUGAGGAGAGAAGCAAAAGGCUUCAGGAACUUCUUCAUACCUGUAUUAAAAACACAGAAGUAUUCAUUAAGGAGCUUGUCCUGAAGCUUCAUGGGCUGCAAAAGCAGGAAGAUCUCCACAAUGAUGGCAUCGAGCAUCCUCAGCUUCACAUAUUCUCCAACCGCCAUAACACUGCUGAUACUGAAUUACAGUGA